GUAACGGCUAUGUUGGGGGACCCCUCCUGUAUGCCAAAGGUAGAAGCUUCGAGGACCUGCUGGGAGCGCCAACCGAACCGCAAGACCUGACGUUGGCCGCACUUCAGGCUCAACCCCAAAGUCAGAUUCUGCAGGUGACUACAAAGCCGGUCCUCGCGACUCUGCUCUCGUUGAACGCGGUGGCACCGGCGGACUUGCCGACCAACGAAGUCUUCACCAUUUCCCAAGCAAUCAAUUACCUCUGCCCCUUUGAGCUCAACGGCGCUUUGCCGCCUCCAUUCAAUUUGCCAAAUGGUGCUAUCCAGGUUCCGCCGGUUCCUCCCCCGUUCGAUGGUUUAGCAGGGUUCCCUGUCUGCUCAAACACCAACGAGGAUCAGGUGUGGGCGCUUGACGAGGAGCAUUUGCAAAGGUUGCGGAGGGAAAAUCCGCAGCAGGACUUCACAGGAAGCCUCACCAUUCAGAGGACCAACAUCAAGAGUUAUGUGCUAAAUGGCCGGCUGAUUGCUCCCGAGGGCUACUUGCCCCAGCUUGCUGGCAGGCCAUUGUUCUGGCUCAGCCCAGACCAGUGUGGAGUUCCCUUUUACUUUUGGGAGCAGAACUUGGAUUUCGUGCCCAUCAACGCUUCGACUACUCCACCUCUGGAGAACAUCGUGAUUGGUGGUGGCCUGGUGGAUUCGGUCGCCUGCCUGUCCACGGAAGCGCCAAGAACACACCGCGCACAGGCUGGCUUCAGCAAGAGGACCUACAGUCCCUUGGCAGAGGACACGUCCAUACUCACUUUGCAGAGCGCGGUGGGUCUCGCCGCCAACGACCUCGACCAGGCUAUCAUCGUCGGGAAUGAGGACUUCAUUCAGGAUGUGGCCAACCUAGUUGCUCUUGCUGGCCGAGCUUUUGAUCCUUCUGGGCCAGACAAAUUUCCCGUGUCCAUUCGCCGGCCGUAUUGGCCCGUGGGUUCGAAGAAGAGAGGCAACGUAAAGAAGCGGGACUGGGUGGUCGGUGGAUUUGCGGGUCAGACCAUCAAUGGACUUUCCCGAGCCAUCUUAAGUGGAGCCUCAUGUCUGUUGCAGUUCGACGCGGGCUUCUUCAUUCCUCGCGGCAGUAGCCGCUUCGGCAGGGAUGCGGCUCCUAAUAUUUCAGACUUCCUGGACUGCUCCACGCCCACACCCACCAUCACCAACCAGACAAAGUUCGACAUUUACAGGAAUGAAGGCCCAAUAGUCUCCAGCUCAUCGUUCGGAUUCUCUACAGACACAGAGGGGUUUGCAGCCUUGCCGAACCCGAACAACUUGCCGGAUCAGUACUUUAAUAUUUUCUCGCAAGACCAAUAUGUUCCGCUGCUCUGCGAGUUCGUGAAGAACUAUGAGAACACCGGUAAUGUGUAUGCCAGUGUGGACUUGACCACAGUGGAAAACAAAUAUCUUGGCAUCGAGGCUGGCAAGAAGAUCCAUGUGCUGUUUAUCGGCUUUGACAAGUUCCCCGAUUUUGAAGCAGAGCUUCCCGCCGAUACGCAGGCGGCCAUCAAUAGCGGAAUCUUCAGCAACGGGGA